CGGGAGCAGAGAGGGGGAGAUGGGCUCCGCGCUAGAUUCUGGGGGGUUCGGCCCAGCCUGCGCCGUGUUCUGGACACUGGGGCUGCUGGGCGGGUAUCGCAGGCCUCUGUCACCCGGGAGCCGCCGGCGGCGGUCACCCUGAAGUGCGGUUGCAGAUCGCGGGUGCUCAAGUUGAAGUGCUGCCCUGCAGUCAUUUAAGAGUUUCUGUCUUCUCUCACUAUUCCUGCUGCAUUAACUUGAGGAAGGUUCUCCUGCCUGUGUGUGCCUGUUUCACCUUAGGAGAUGUCCAAUGUUUCCAGUUACGCCCUUCGAAUGGCCCGGCUGAGUGCUCAGAUAUUUGGAGAAGUUGUCAGGCCUACUGACUCAAAAUCUAUGAAAGUAGUAAAAUUAUUCAGUGAGCAGCCUCUGGCCAAGAGGGAGGAGGUCUAUGACUGGUAUCCUCCUCAUAACACCUACUAUGCCCUGAUGAAGAAGCUGCGUUACUUCGGCCUCUACAGGGAUGAGCAUCAGGACUUUAAGGAGGAGAUGAGGCGACUGAAAAAGCUCCGUGGGAAGGAAAAACCAAAGAAGGGAGAAGGAAAAAGAGCUCUCAAGAAGAAAUAGUGACACUUGGACAAUAUAAUGAAUUACUCUGUAAAUGCUGGCGAACAAAGGGCUUGGCAUAUGAGCUCUUUGUGGGGCAUGAGAAACACACUGUGAAAUACUGGAGUCCACCUAGGAGUGCACUUGGGUCUUUGGUUUUACUGGCUUUGAAUUUCUGUAAUUUAAAUACACUGCAUAGGUAACAUAUUGAUUUGUCAGAGCCCUCAUGUACCCAAGUAUUAAAAAC